AUGCUGAGCGACGACUCCACCGACGAGCAACUCCAGCAGCAGCAGCAGCGGAUGAGCGGUAAUGAUUCUACAACCAUGAACAGCAACAACAAUAAUACCGCGAAUCAGUACGUCGGCGCAGCGACCGCGGGAACUCGGGCGCUUCUUUCUCAGUUCAUAGCACUCUAUGCGCGUGUGCCGGUGAAAUUGUUCCGGCCUACGCGUGUGGACUACCUGAUGGUGCCGCGGGCCGUGAACCCGGCUGUUGCUUCGAGCUUGCCUUACAGUUUCAAGACGCAUUCGAGUCUGGCGCUUUUGAAGCAUGCGGUGAACGAGUAUGGAUUUAGAUUUAUCACAGAGCAGGUUCUCCCACCACUGAUUGCAAAUUCCAUGAUCGGAGUCGUGCUCUACACCACAUACCUGACCGCACUCCCACUAGUCAGAUUCGGUUCCGACAACGAGUCAGGCUCGAUAGGUUACCGCCAAGCUUUCCUGGCCGGUGGCAUCGCAGGAGCAAUGCAAUCUCUAGCCGCGGCUCCGGUGGAUGCAAUCUUCCAUCGGUUCUCAGUCUCCGAGCUCUUGAUCCCCGACGACAAAAACACGGGCGAGACGCGGCACAAGUCGUUGUGGCGGUACGGGUUCGAGAAGCUCCAGUCGAUUGGAGUGCGCGGCGUUAUGGCGGGAUACUCGCUCUCGUUCGUGAAAGAGUCGGCUGGAUUCGCCGUGUUCUUUUCGACUUUUGAAGGGGUUAAACAAUGGAGCUACAGGCAUAUUGUUGAGAGCUACGGUGCGCCGGUGCCGAGGUAUGCGGAUGCGAAGAAAGGAGCGACAGUUGGGACGGAACAGUCUGUAGAUAGCAUACGAGAAAAGCCCUCGGCGGCGCUAUACCCAGCUACAGUACUCGGGGCCGGAGCAGCUGCAUCGAUAGCACUUCAGGGGGUUCAGUACCCGCUCAGCCGGCUACAGAACAUACAUCUGACGAUGCUCGAGGCGCUCGACUACAGAACGCUGUACCGCAGUCAGAAUAAGAACAAAGACAAAGACGGAAUACAGCGAUCAGAGCGCGUGAGCGGGCGGAAACUGGCGCACAUCUACGUGGCUUCCUACCGACGCACGCUUGCAGAAGCGAGCAGGCUUAAAGACCGGGGCCGCAAUGGAGGGUCUUGGCUCAAAUGGAUGUACCGCGGCUUCGUCCGCCACGCACUGGGAACGGUGCCGUCGAGCAGCGUGGGCCUGUUUGUGUUUGAGAUCAUGCGGAUCCGGUACAUGGAGGACUUUGAGGGCGUCGAACUGGACGACGUCGUGGUGCUCGAGGCCUAG